AUGUUGUGGAAUUUAUUUCUACUUUGUCAAUUUCGAACAAUGGCGGAGAAUAAUGCAACUGACGCUUUAUUUCAACACAUCGAUACAAAUCGAGAUGGACGUAUUGAUCCAGGUGAAUUACGUGAUUGGGUUCAAGGUCCCGACGGAGGGAUUACAUAUAAUGAACCAAUAAAUCGUUAUGAUGAUCCUACUUGUCGAUAUGAUCAAUAUCGAUAUAUAGAUAGUGGGUAUCCAGAUGAAUUGGGAUAUCCGAGUGGUAGAUAUAGUCCAUAUGGAACUAGGAGAUGGGUUGAUGAUUCGGUGAUUACUACAAAUAGUCCAGAAGAAACCAAUGCUUAUCUGGAAAGAUCAGGUUCGAAUAUUUUUCGUGAUCCUAAUCCAAGAAUUGUUCGACGAGCAAGAAGUGCAAGUCCAGUAACAGCAGAACAACGAGUUGUUAUUCGAUAUCUUCAACCACCAGCUGUACCACCACCAGGACCACUCUAUAUUAAAGAAGUGCGUUCACGACCAUCAUCACCAUGUCCACCACUUGUCAUACACGAACGUUCACCACCUCUUCCUUCACCGCCUCCACUUAUCUUACGUGAACGACCACCAAUACCACCACCAUGUAUUGCUAGUGAAACAAUUGUUCGUCGUAUACCGGGUUUACCUCCUCCACCACGAUCAGUUAUCAUCGAACGUUAUCCAGCUGCUCCCGAAAAACCACGUGAUAUUAUAAUUGAACGAUGGAUUCCAUAUGGGCCUCAACCCAGACGGCAGGAAAUUGUUCAACGUGUUGGUCCUGCUCCAGAAUGUGAACGACCAUCUAAUACUAUUAUUAUUUAUUCUAAUGUUGAAACACGUCUAGCUCGAAAAUUUGAACGUCUUGGUGUUACUCCAGAAGAUCCUGCAUCUUAUAGAGCUCGUUAUGGGUCAUCACUUUUAGAUCCAAUUACACUUGUUCAAGAAGCUCGCAAUGCUGGUGUUGUUGAAGAUAUAUCGCCUCCGGUAAUAUCAUCUCCAAUAUAUACAACACCUGUACGUGAAUAUCCUGGUUAUUUGGAUCGACCGAAUGAAGUAAUCACUAGAAGCCAUCCAUCAACAGUUCGAAAUAGCGCUGUAGAAUGCCAACAAUACGUUUAA